GGCUGUCUUGGUAGGGUUGCGGGGCGCCGCGGGGCUGAGGCCGGGGUCGGGAUGCGGACGGUGCAGCGGCAGUGACUGGAGCUGCCGCCAGACAUGAACUCGCUGGAGCAAGCGGAAGAUCUCAAGGCUUUUGAGAGAAGACUUACUGAAUAUAUUUCUUGUUUACAACCUGCUACAGGACGUUGGAGAAUGAUUCUUAUAGUGGUGUCUGUCUGUACAGCUACUGGUGCCUGGAAUUGGUUGAUAGAUCCAGAGACACAAAAGGUAUCCUUCUUUACAUCUUUAUGGAAUCAUCCAUUUUUCACAAUCAGCUGUAUCACUCUAAUAGGAUUAUUCUUUGCUGGAAUACACAAGAGAGUGGUAGCACCAUCAAUUAUAGCAGCCCGAUGUCGAACUGUGUUAGCAGAAUAUAAUAUGUCUUGUGAUGAUACAGGAAAGCUUAUUUUGAAACCUAGGCCUCAUGUUCAAUGACGAUCUCUAUACAUUAUCAUGGGACCUGAAACAGCCUUUCUUCAAAUAAGUGAUGCAGUGAAAAGCCAUACAGGAUUCCUUUUACAGUUAUUUAUAUGAAAGUCUUAGCAACAACUGACAAGAAGUGUGCAAUAUUAAUCCAGACCGUCUUGAUGAUUUCUCAUGUUAUCAGUGCUUUUGGUACCUUUUGAUUACCUAUAUUUCAGUAUUAGUGUCACUUUAGUACUUCAUUUUCUGCAAGAGUAAUUGCAGAUGAAGUAUGUGUCUUGGUUACUAAGUUAAAGCUUAGAGACAGAACCUCAUUCAGUUUUUAUAAUGUAUUUUUGCAAACUACUGUAAAUAGCAAAUCAAUGCCAAUGUUAAGCAAAGAGAAAACAUGUUGUAUGGACCUUUGUUCUCCUGCACCAGUAUUUAAGGAACACCUACUUGCCAUUCCCACAGCUUUUUUAUUAAUAGUUACUACAUAUGGCUGUAUCAUUUGUUCUCCCAAAUUAUUCUUUAAAUGGUAUUGUAGGAAAGUAGAUUAAAAAGCCCAUCAAAUUGAACUUAGGUUGAAGAAAAACUCAUCUCCAUUAUGUUGUAAGAAAUUACAGAUAUUUUGAGAUACAUUUUUUUUGUUAAAACUGUAUACAGAAUUUCAGCCACUAUUGUGGUUUUACUUACAGGUUCAACAUUUUCAUUUAUUGUUCAGUAUACUUUAUAAAUAUGUUUUUAAAGUACUCGUAAGAACACUUCACAGGUUUCUGAAUAUGAAAAUUCAGUUACAAAUUAUGUAGUGUUUGGGAAAUCAGUAGUUGUAUUGUUUUAGAUAAUUGGAUUUUAUGCUGUGGUAGUCAUAACAUUACACUAGUAUUGCAGAUGUGUAAUUUAUGAUCAUAUUUCCCCAUCUGAAAAGGUAAUAUGUUAACAGUGCCACAAAAUAGUCUACAAUUCUCACUACUUAGAGAGUAAGUGUUAAUGACAUACCAUGUAUGCAGAAUAGCCACAUGUACUAUAAUAGCCCAUAAAAUUAAACUACUGGGAUUGUUAUAAAUAUUUUAACAUUCUGGAGGUGCCUUUUUAUUUGUAAUUAUGAGAAGGUUUUGAAAAGAUUUAAAUUCUUUCAUAAGCAUCCUUUUAAUUUCAAUUAACAAAAUACCUGAAAUUACAGCAACAAUUUAAUUUUUUAAAAAAUGCUUUAAUAAGGCUGCCAUUCAGUUUGAAAUUAAUCUCCCAGCUUUCAUGUGUAUAAAAUGUUAUUCUUUGAUUGAACUACAGCAAUAAAACCCUCAGCUCCUAAGAAGUCUGAGAGGAUGUUGUCUAUUCUCAUGUUUCUAUAUUGUUUUAUUUUCUGUAAAUAUUGUAGGUAAAUAUGUGCAUAAAAAUUAAAAUACUUUAUAUAUAUGUAAAUGAA